AUGAAGGAAGACGUUCUUAGACGCCCAGACAAGGAGAAGGAUCUUCAUUCCACCGAAGGGUCGCUCAACACAGGAUCGGUCAAUACAAGGGAGGAAAAAGAAGAACUAGCGCAUAUCCAGUUGACAAAAGGACGAUUCGUACUCGUACUUGUAGGACUGGUCUUGGCUAUUUUCCUUACCAUCAUCUCAACAGCCAUCCCCAAGAUCACCGAUGAGUUCAAGAGUCUCCAAGACAUCGGCUGGUAUGGCUCAGCUUUCUUCAUCACUACCGCUGCGACUACAGCGUUCUGGGGACGACUGUACACUUUCUUUCCGCUGAAGUGGACGUAUCUCAUCUCCAUCUUCUUCUUCGAGUUGGGUAGUGUGAUCUGCGGUGCCGCACCCAGCUCCGUAGCUUUGAUCAUCGGUCGCGCGAUAUGCGGUGUUGGUGCAGCUGGACUGUUCUCUGGCUCGUACACCAUCAUUGCCGUUUUGGUACCCUCAGCAGAUCGACCAAAGUACAGCGGGCUGAUGGGUGCAGCAUAUGGUCUCGCCAGUGUUGUCGGCCCGUUGAUCGGUGGUGCUUUCACCAGCCAUGUCUCAUGGCGCUGGUGCUUUUACAUCAAUCUUCCCGUAGGCGGUGUAUCAUGCCUCUUUAUCCUCCUCUUCUUCGCCAACGAACCACCGAAGACUCGCCCUGAUUGGCGUGGCAUGCUUCGCACAUUCGAUAUGCCCGGUUUGAUCCUCAUCAUUGGUGCAAUUGUUUGCUUCAUCCUUGCGCUGCAAUGGGGUGGUAUCUCCAAGGCUUGGAACAGCGGUGCUGUGAUCGGCAGUCUGGUGGCCUUCGUCGUAUUGAUGGCUUUGUUCGUGGUCGAUCAGUGGUGGCUGGGUGAGAACGCCAUGGUUCACAGCCUCAUCAUCCAAAGGAGAACUAUCUGGGUCGGAUCGAUGUUUUCGUUCCUGAUCAACUCCGCCUUCCUGGUCACGUUCUACUACCUGCCGAUCUACUUCCAAUCCGUGCAGGGCGUCUCAGCAGCGUCAAGUGGUGUUCGCACUGUUCCCUUCAUCCUGGCAGUCACCAUCUGCGUCGUGAUCGUUGGCCAGAUCAUCACAAAGACCGGCUACGCAUAUCCAUGGAUGAUUGGAGGAGCGGCCAUAACAACCAUCGGUGCCGGCAUGAUCUACACGUUCGAUGUCGAUUCACCCGCCAAAGUCUGGAUUGGAUACCAGAUCCUCUGUGGUAUCGGUAUCGGAGUAAGCUUCCAGGUCCCUGUCAUGCUCAUCCAGGCGACCACUAAGGAAGUCGAUGUGCCUUUAGCCACAGCCACACUUCUUUUCAUCCAAACCCUCGGCGGUGCUUUUGGUGUCUCGUCCGCUCAGGCUGCCUUCCAGAAUACGCUCCUCAAGCAGCUGCCCAUCACAGCACCAGGUCUCGACCCCCAGAUCGUUCUGGACGCCGGUGCUUCCGAGCUCAAGACGCUGAUUCCAGCGCAAUUCCUCGAGGGAGUGCUUGAGGCCUAUGUGGCUGGUUUCCGCGAGUGUCUCAUCGUUGGUAUUGCGUUCGGUGGUGCCGCGUUCCUUGCUGCUUUCGGCUUCCGCUACACAAACAUCAAGAGAACGGCUGCGUUGGAGGCGUAA